AUGAUUGGGAGGAAGAACAUGGGACGAGCUUCACCAUUACUUCUGGUUCUUUUGGCUCUUGGGUUUUUCUUUGCCACUUAUAAUUUUUUAACUAUGAUAAUCCACUAUAGAUCUGUUGGGAAGUGGGUAGGUGAUAAUUCGCAUGGUGGGUUACUGUCUGACCCCAUUAUUGGGAUGCCUGAGAAUGUGAAGAAAUUCAAGAAUUCCAAGUCACCAUUCCAUGUUGCCUUAACAGCCACCGAUGCUCCUUACAGCAAAUGGCAGUGUCGCAUUAUGUACUAUUGGUAUAAGAAGAAUAAGGACUUGCCUGGAUCGGAGAUGGGAGGUUUUACCAGAAUUUUGCAUUCAGGAAAUCCUGACAACUUGAUGGAUGAGAUCCCAACUAUGGUCGUUGAUCCUCUUCCUGCAGGUCUUGAUCGGGGAUAUAUUGUCUUAAACAGACCAUGGGCUUUUGUUCAAUGGCUGGAAAAAGCUACAAUUGAGGAAGAAUAUAUUUUGAUGGCAGAGCCUGAUCACAUUUUUAUAAAUCCUCUUCCUAAUUUGGCUCAUGGAGGAUAUCCAGCUGGCUUCCCAUUUUUCUACAUUAAACCUUUGCAGAAUGAGAAGAUCAUAAGAAAGUUUUAUCCUGAGGAGAAUGGCCCAGUCACAAAUGUUGAUCCAAUUGGCAAUUCUCCUGUAAUUAUCAGAAAGGAUUUACUGGAAAAGAUUGCUCCGACAUGGAUGAAUGUUUCUUUGAGAAUGAAAGAAGACGCAGAGACGGAUAAAGCUUUCGGAUGGGUGCUAGAAAUGUAUGCAUAUGCUGUAGCAUCUGCUUUGCAUGGAGUGCAGCAUGUUCUUCGGAAGGACUUCAUGCUGCAGCCCCCAUGGGAUUUGGAAAUUGGUAAAAAGUUUAUUAUUCAUUAUACUUAUGGGUGUGACUACAGCUUAAAGGGUGAGCUAACAUACGGCAAAAUCGGGGAGUGGAGAUUCGACAAGAGAUCAUAUCUACGUGGACCUCCACCAAGAAACCUUCCCUUACCCCCUCCCGGUGUUCCUGAGAGUGUGGUCACCCUUGUAAAGAUGGUGAAUGAAGCUACUGCUAACAUACCUAAUUGGGACAAACAAUAG